AUGAUGCAGUACCUGAAGGACACCCUGUUCGACAUACGCAACGACACAAGGCGUGGUCCGAACUUGGGCCAUGUGGUGUCCAAGAUAGCAGAGUACUUUGGGGUUGAGACCGACGAACCCCCAAUCCGUUCCAAACCGAUUUCACAGAAAGACCUCUGGCACGCCGGCUACCUGAUCAACCCACACACCCCGAAGCCCGUCACUAAGCGGGCCAGCUACAAGGCCUAUUGCGAGGAAAUGGGUAUACCGUUUCCGGACGACGAGUCCCAACCGGAAGCUGGUACGCCAGCUGGCGAGAACACUCAUGAUGAAGACGAGGACGAGCUCGACGCCGACAACCAUCCCACCCACGAGACCUUUCAGCCUCCUCCUUUGAUAGACGCGCACACGGGUGCGUCUUACCAGUCAGCUGCUCCGGUUUGGUUCUCCGAGUAUGAGGUUCGAAAUGAGGCCCAUUGGACGACUUUCACUCAGCAGAACGACGCGCGUUGGACGUCGUUCAUGGAGUCCAACGAUGCACGUUGGACGUCGUUCGUGGAGUCCAAUGAUGCACGUUGGACGAAGCAGACCAGGAGAUGGAACGAGUUUGUUCAGGGCAAUGAGGCGCACUGGACAUCCCACGACAGCCGAUGGGACACCUGGGCGGACCAGCAGUACCAGCACUUACUGUACGAAUUUGUAGAUAUGUGA